AUCCUAAUGACCCUAAUGGAAGCUCGCGGCUUCUAUAAGGGCAACAGGAAGUUUCCCGUUUUUGGCGGAACGCUGAGGUGGAACUAAACUCCGCAGGCCCACCCACAAAAAAUACGACUGAGUGGAAAAAGGUGUGGACCGACCAAAAGAAAUAUGUGCGUCAAAAGGCGGCGCAAAAUUUAAAAGCCAGCAAAGGCACGGGUGGUGGCCCAAACACCCAACAGAAGCUUUCUUCCAAUGAGGAAGUCAUAUAUAAACUGAUUGGGAUGAAGGAAAGUGUUGAAGGCAUAUCUGCGUCAACGUUUGGAUUGCCAAUUUCAAGUGUGUCCAAGAGCAUUGCAGAACCUGAGCGAGACGAGUCUGACCUUACAGAAUAUUUAAAGGAAGUGGAAAUAGAGAUACAUGAGUCUCAAAAAAGUCCACUUGUUACAGUCGACAAGCCAUCGCCUCCAUCACCGCCAGUAAAUGUAGCUCCAGAAAAGAGACCUACUGUAACGAAGCCGAAAGCAUCCUCCGACCUUCUGGAAGCUGAACUAAAGACUCAGCAAGCCUUACUAGAAACAGUUACUGGAGCAGUUACGAGUUUAACCGAACAUCACGAAGAGCAGAAAAGGCACUUCCGAGAAAUUGAGAGGCUUAAAAGAGAAGAAAUAGAUGAAAUGCAGCGGCUCAAAAAUGAAGAAAUUGCUCAAAUGCGGCGGCACAAUGACAUCAUGGAGCACUUACUGAAGAUGAAAAUUAACUUUAUCACUUGAUGGAAUACAAUAGCGCAUGGAAAAACACGACCGGAAAGCUUUCAAUGGCGAAUUGAAGAAAUAAACCGAAAUAAUGUAUAACAAAACAGUUUUAAAAUCCCGUUAAUUCUUAUCCAGUAGCACCU